AUGUUAAUACCACCCGGCGCGGGCAUUUUCUUCUACUGCUGCUGCGGGCUCCUCCGUCCGAGACAGAUGUUGCGAAACCAAGGCCUCCUCAAGUGCCGCUGCCGCAUGCUCUUCAAUGACCUGAAGGUCUUCCUCCUGCGGAGACCCCCCGCGCCGCCGCCGCCCUCCCCGCCGCCGCCGCUCCCCAUGCCCGGCGGCGCAGAGGCGGCGGCGGGGGCCGCACCGCCCGGGGGGCGCGGGCCCGGCUGGCGGGCGGCGGCGGCAGGAGGCGGCGGCGGAGCGGGCAGCCCGGCCGCCGAGGAGUGGGACAGCCCCGCUGGGGAGCCGCCCGCCUCCCUGCCCAGCAGCACCUCCUCUGAUGACUUCGGCAAGGGCAAGGCCGAGGACCGCUACUCGCUGGGCAGCAGCGUCGACAGCGGCAUCCGCACCCCUCUCUGCAGGAUCUGCUUCCAGGGGCCCGAGCAGGGGGAGUUGCUGAGCCCGUGUCGAUGCGACGGAUCGGUGAAGUGCACACACCAGCCAUGUCUGAUCAAAUGGAUUAGCGAGAGAGGCUGCUGGAGCUGUGAGCUGUGUUACUACAAGUAUCAUGUCAUUGCCAUAAGCACAAAGAACCCUCUGCAGUGGCAGGCCAUCUCUCUGACGGUCAUUGAGAAGGUUCAGAUAGCAGCGGCCAUCCUGGGUUCCCUCUUCCUCAUCGCCAGUAUCUCGUGGCUCAUCUGGUCGACCUUCAGUCCUUCAGCCAAGUGGCAGCGCCAGGACCUGCUCUUCCAGAUCUGCUAUGGAAUGUAUGGCUUCAUGGACAUUGUCUGUAUAGGUCUAAUAAUACACGAAGGGCCCUCGGUUUACCGGAUUUUUAAACGGUGGCAGGCGGUCAAUCAGCAGUGGAAAGUGCUGAACUAUGACAAAACAAAGGACAUGGAGGAACAAAAAACAGGGACCAGGACAAAUCAGCGCCCUUCCUCCCAAACCACCCACUCGUCCUCCACUGGUGGUACAGCCACUAACUCUGCUCCAGCCGACAGCGGGGCACGGGCUGCCGGCCAUGCCACAGGCACCCUCUCUGACCACCACUGUGCUUAUACCAUCCUGCAUAUACUCAGCCACCUGAGGCCUCACGAACAGAGGAGUCAGUCUAGUAGUAACAGAGAGCUCGUCAUGAGGGUCACGACAGUCUGA